GGCUCCGCCAUUGUGAUUAGAUAUUCUUGCUAUGUGAGGAUUUCUCUUUUUAGGGAAAAGAGAAAGAGAAAGAGAAAGGGAAAGAGAAAAGGAGAGAGAAAGCCCGUGAGAAUUUGUUGUUACGGUAAGGGUUCCGGAUUUAUUGAUCGUCGUCGAUGGUCUCCAGUAUUUCGCUUCAAGGGUUUCAUUUUAGACGUAACUGUUGAGGAACUCUCCAAUCUUGCUUUCUGGGGAGCAGGGGAGGAUCUCCUUGCACUGAGUAAUGUCUGUAAUUUGGGACUGUACCGCUACUUUCGAUUACUACCGCUCCCAUAGACUAUUGUUCGGCCCAUAGCCCUGCCGCGUCGUCUCCAUGAGUGUAGUGUUUCGGUCUACAUGGGGUGAAUUUUGCUUCAAGAUUUAAUUUGCAAUAAAAAGCUCAUGGGAUGGAAUCAAUAGUAGUUGCUGUUGGGCAACCGAUUUAGUUCCUGGGCUGGGAGGUGACUAGCUGUGGCCUGUGGCUGGUGGAUAGAUGGGCUACCAGCUUAAAUUAUUACAUUGGCCUUUACAUGCUAAGCCCUGUCGGAGAUAAUUCUUGCUGAAGAAUGUGUCCCACUUCAAGUAACUUUUACCAGUGCAUUUCCUUUAAGGUGAUUGGAAAGUACUUGGAAGUUGAAUUCCUAGAAAAUUCCAAGAAGGUAAUAGCUAUGAUCAAGGAGUCUAUAUAUAAGGGUAUGCAAGUUGACAAGAAGCAAACAAAGCAAAGGGCAUUUUCCUGAAGCUCAAGGAAAUGGAUCCAAGGCUUUCACACGCCGUUCAGAACAACGAUGAAGUUGCUUUUGAAACAUUAGUUAAAGAGGACAAAAGAAUGCUCCAACAACGAUCAGCAAGAUCCUCGAACACGGCAUUACACCGAGCUUCAAGAAUAGGCCACAUAGAAAUAGCCAGAGCAAUUGUAGAGCUGUGCCCUGAUUUGGUUUCAGCAGAGAAUGCUCUUGGGGAUACUCCUUUGCAUGAAGCCUGUCGCGGAGGAAAUGCUGAUGUUGUGAUGUUGCUGUUAGAGACCAUACCAGGUGUGGCCACGAUUCUUAACUCUAUGAAGGAGAGUCCAUUUUCUAUAGCUUGUAGCAGGGGGAAGCUUGAUGUAGUUAAGCUCCUUCUCAAUGAAAGCUGGUUAAUGGAUAUCGAAGAAGCUAGAUUCCCUUCAAAUGCUCUGCACGAAUCAGUAUCAAGAAAAAACCCAAGUAUUGUGAAGGCGAUAUUGGAAGCGAGGCCAAAUUUCGCUUGGAAACGAGAUAAGGAGGGUUGUUUGCCUCUGCAUCGCGCUUGUGAAAACAGCGAUUUGGAGAUUACAAGAACUAUUCUUGAUUACGCCCCCAAAAGCUGUUUUUUGCUUAACGACAAAGGGUAUGCGCCAUUGCAUUUGGCGGCGAUGAUUGGUGAAGCUUCCAUGCUUCAUGAAUUUAUUUCAAGAGUUCCAGAAUCUUGCAAUUUAUUCACAAAAGAGGGCGACUCUGUAUUUCACCUUGCUGUUAAAUCCGGCAACUUCGCUGCCUUCAUUAGCAUGGAGAAUAUUUUCAAAAACUCCUUCCACCUCCGCUUGCCGGACAACCACGGCAAUACAGUUUUGCAUAUUGCUGUCUCUACAGCCUGCUACGACAUUGCAGAAUAUUUGAUCAACGAACAAAUAUUGGAGCUGAACGCCGCAAAUCACUCAGGACUCACAGCGUUGGACAUACUUGAACAGGCAGGGGACAGCGAUGCAAGGAAGAGAGUUCUUACAGCCUUGUUAAUUGAAGCCGGAGGUAAACGGAGCAAUCAACUGUUAAUUGGUUUCGCUUCUGCAUCAAUUAGAGAAGGAACUGGCGACAAUAACAACCACCAAGUAGAUCAUUCAUUGCCUAUUGCUCAGAAAAAUAAGAUGAAGAAAUCUAACAAUGCGCAAAAGCCCAUGCCGCAGAAAUUAGAUAGAGAGACUAGUUCACACCUGAAACAUAUGCAGAUUGAGGCACUACAAAAUGCCAGGAACACCAUUAUAGUAGUAGCAGUUUUGAUUGCAACAGUAAGUUAUUCAGCUGGGAUAAGUCCUCCAGGUGGUGUUUACCAGGAUGGACCAUUGAAAGGGAAAUCAAUGGCAAGCAAAACGGCAGCUUUCAAGGUAUUUGAAAUAAGCAACACUAUUGCAUUAUGCACAUCUCUUUCAGUGGUGUUUAUAUUGGUGAGGAUCAUCCCAUUUCGAAGAAAGCCAUUGAUGAGAAUGCUGAAGAUGGCUGAUAGAGUGAUGUGGGUAGCAGUGUCGUUUGUGGUAACGAGUUAUCUAGCAGGAACAUGGGUGAUUAUGCCGCAUAGUCAAGGCACAGAAUGGUUAAUCUCUGUGUUGGUAAUCGCACUCAGCGGUGGCACUCUGGGAAUAACCUUAACUGUUAUAGGUGUGAUUCUGGCUAAUCAAUGGCAGAGGAAAAAUCAAUGGAGAAAGUCAAGGAGUAUGAAUAAGGAUCUAGGAAGCGCAGCUUCAGCCAUUGAACCCAAUUACAGACCCGGGUUCCACUCAUUCUAAUCAUUGUCAACUUUUCAAAAAUGAAUACUGAAUAGUUUGGGAGAAGAAAAAAAGAAUGUGUAAGGAAUUUUGACUCUAUUUUAGUGAUGGAGGGAGUGAAUCGCUUUUAGUAAUGUUUAAUUAAAUACUACGACUGUUAGUGUAGCCAGAUAUAUCUCUUUGUUAAAUAUGGAUUUUGGAAAACCUGUAAUGAGGGAAAAAAAUUGCUAUUUAAGGAAAGGGUGGGUUUAGUGUUAGGCUUGUGGGAGUGGAUCAUAGCAAUCCAAUAUUCCUUUUUAGUGAUUUCCUAUGUAAAUAAUAGUAGCAAAAAUAAAUUUUUAUUGGUUUAAUCCUCC